AUGUAUCGAAUGGACGAUAGCAGCAGGCACUGCCCAAACGUAGGAACCCUGAGGAAUCCAUACCAGAAGAGGACGUGGUGGUGCAAAGCAGCACUGCAGUUCCUAGCACCCUCUGACCGCGGAGUUGGUGUAGUACGCGCUAUUCAAAGCAAAAAGCAAGCGAUUAAAGAUAGUGUCAAGUCUGAAUUUCGAAUUUCUGUAAGCAGAAAACAGCGGAUCACAAAGCAUAAGACUGCGAGGCACCUCUAUAUCUGCGACUUCCACAAAAACUUAAUCCAGAGCGUGAGGAACCGGAGGAAGAGGAAAGGCAGCGACGACGAUGGCGACUCGCCCGUGCAAGACGUCGACGCUCCGGAGGUUGAUUUAUAUCAGUUACAAGUAAACACACUUCGAAGGUACAAAAGACACUUCAAGCUACAGACCAGACCGGGACUUAACAAAGCACAGCUCGUUGAAAUAAUUGGCUGCCAUUUUAGGACAAUUCCAGUGAAUGAAAAGGACACCUUAACGUAUUUCAUCUACUCAGUGAAGAAUGACAAGAACAAAGCAGAUCUAAAGAUGGAUAGUGGGGUUCAUUAGGCGGAAAAGGUUGGGACUGAGACUCAGGCCGCAAAUCAAAAGACUGAGGGUUUUUGUUGAUAUGCAAAAGCUUUCUUUGUAACUUUUUUUUUUCCCCCCAGAGAGUUUGUCUCUGUUUUAUUUUUCAUAUCCUUGCUGAUUUGUUUGAAAACCAUCUCUUAUGAAACAAAUUUCCUCGGCAAAAGUAUUUUAAAUAAAUAUCACUGAUAUUGUUGCUCAA